AUGGCUAGACGCAAAUCUACGCGGAAAACGUCGCCCAACAGCCUCAAAUCUCUCAGCCUAGGAGGAGAUGAAACGCCUGCGACGCGCGAGCAGUUCGACCAGGACAUUGAAGGGAAUGUGUACGCGCAAUGCGAGCUGCAAAAUGUCGGCAUCUUUUACUUCGUCUUCGGAGACCCCGUCGAAGGGGACCGAGAGGAGCGGUCGGACAUCUGGCUGAAGUUCUACAACAACAAAGAAAACGUCGUGCACUCCUCCGCUCACUCGAUAAUGAUGGCGAGUAGAGACUCCACCGACACCUGUUUCGCGAUCGACCAGGAUACCUUUUUGUUUUCCGGGUUCUUGCUCACGUUGGACAAUGCAUGGUCUACAGUCGACUUUCGGAAGUUCGACUCCCAUAUCGAGUCCGGAAUGGCGGACUUUCUAACCGGCCAAACCUCCAUUCACAAGACAGGUCUCUCUCGAAUCAGACAGGAUUCCGAGCCAGACUUCACACUGAUAUGCGAGGACGGGGACAAGAUCGAGGUGCACAGGUCUGUCAUGGAGGGACUGUGGCCCUUUUUCAAAGGCAUGAUGGUUUCGAAAAACAUGCGGGAGAUUGAGCAGAAAAGGAGGGUCAAAUUGUCCAUGCCUAAGACCACCCUCGAGGCUCUGGUACGAUAUCUCUACGGCGAAGUGCUCGAUCUGACCUUGAUGGACGCUGCUAAUCUCAUUUUAUAUGCUCAGAGGUACGAGCUUCCUGAACUUGUCCAGUUAGCCACUACAUGGUUGAAGCGGGAGCAGGGGCACGUUGAUAUUGAGCAAGCCAUCUAUCUAUGGAGAAAGAGCCUCGAAGCUGAGAAUGACCAUGUGAGGGACUUUGCUUCUAAAAAGAUUGAGCAGAUGAUGCCCGAAGUGGAGGAUUUCGAUGACCAGAUCCAGCAUUUGAAGAAGAAUGAGCUCAUUAGUUUGUUUUCAGAUGUCUCCGUCGCCAUGUCCAGAAAGCGGAGGAAGGUUGAGUAG